AUGACAUCCAACGUUUCCAUCUGGGACGACAAAAUUCACGUUAUCUACGUCGUCGAACUCGUCUUCUACAGCGGCCUCUUAUGCGGUGCGGUAGCCGCACUACUGCGCAGAAGAGAAAGCCUGAAAGGCUUUUUCCUGUCAAUCAUUUCGGCGCUCAAGAUUGCCGGCCUAGCCAUCAGCUUAAACAGCGCUGUUAAAACAGUCAAUGCCACCAACGAUAACGGUGCCACGGAAAUGCCCUCCACGGGCUUGGUUAUUGCUGGAAGCAUUUUAAUUUCGCUAGCCACCACCCCGCUCUUAUUUCUGACCCAAUCUUUUGCUUUCCCUAAGAUUACCAACAGAUUGGUCUCACGUUUGGUCCGGCUCGCAGUGAUUGCGCCCGCGGCGCUCAGCAUUGCUGGCUACAAUCUUUUGUCAGAAGGCAAUUCCAAUUCAAGCAGUGGCAUUUCCUUAGUUAAGGCAUCUUCGAUCUUAUAUUUGGUGAUUUACGUGAACAUGGUAAGCUACGGGCUUGUGACUUUUUGUAAAAGAAAUGGCGAAGCAGACCAGCUUCGUACUUUAAGCAUGUACACGGUACUUUUGGCCAUGCCAUUUUUCCUCGUCAGAUUUGUCUACACAAUCGUUGCAUCGUUUGAUCUGACCUCUGACAUUUCGGCUUUCCACAAGUUCGACAUCUUCAAUGGCGAUUGGAGAAUCUACCUCGCGAUGUUUGUUGUGAUGGAAUUCAUUGUGGAGCUCGUUUACGUCAUUGGGCUGCACUUAUUGAUCAACCGUGAGGUCUUCGCUAGCCAGUUUGAAAACCAAACCAGUUCAGAUGGGACAAAAAGCAACCCCGACAAUAACUAUUAG